CUCUUUUGUUUUGACUGCAUUUUAUUUAAUAAAUUUUAACAUGCUAUUUUUAUGAUUUGUUGUUUUUAGAUUACAUAUAUAUAUACAAUGGAUUUUUCCAGGAGCCCCGAGGAUAACACUGCUGUUGUUAAAAUGAUGAAUGGCUUGAAAAGUUUUCUUGGACAGCCUCAAUAUCCACAUGUUCGUCAACACUUAAGCAUGAGUAGGAGCCGAAAUUCAUCACAUUCGUUUACUACAGACUCUCCUCACAAUCUAUCCUCCAGUUCUCAGAGAAAACGAAGUAUUCAUGAAGAUUACAAAACUCUAACUAAUAGUGAAAAGGCAGAUAUGAUAUUGGCCAAAAGCAAAGCCGCAAAGUUGGAAAGUGAGAUUGAGUCGUUAAAAAUGGAUCAAAAAAGAAAAGAAAUUGAAGCAGAGAAAGAACGAAACUUAAAUACCAAUAAAAUGCUGACAGAACAAGGACAGUGUGAUGCAUUAAGGAGAAAAUUUCGUCAUAUUGUCAAUGAAAAAGAUACAACUGUUGAGGACCUGUCGCAACUUCAAAAGAAAUUUAAUGAAUUAAAGCAACUUUAUGAAGAAGAACAAAAAAAAUGGCAACUUGAAAGAUUAAAUAUGACGACACAAAUUGGAAAUUUGCAAGUAUCCUCCAGUAAAAACAUUUCAGAGUUGAGAGAGAAGACUUUGAAGCAAGAGAGAGAACUAAUCAAACUGAGAAAUUACAAGGGUGAAGCCGAAACUCAACUUGAAAUGUAUACCAGCCGUCAUUCAGAAGCGAGUGAACUCAUUGCAGAUUAUAAUCAACUAAAACAUCGAUGUGAAACAGCUGAACACAAAGUAAAGGUAUUAGAAGAAAAAUUGUCACGUGUAGAUGAAAGUUCACUCCUUAUGCAGAGAAAUCAAGCAGAAUUUGCAAAGUUUCGGGAACUUCAAAAACACAACAAAAAUCUACUUGAAGACAAUAAAUUGUACAGAGACGCUGCAGACAAUGCUUUAAUUCUUCAAGAGAAAGUUACCUACCUUACUUCGAAGCUGAAACGUUCUGAACAACAAAUUGAAAAGUUGAAUAACUUAGAAUAUGAGAAUGAGAAAUUAAGAACAAAGUUGCAAAAGUGGGAAUCCUAUGAUGUAUUUGGUGAUGACGUCAGACCAAGGUCACCUACAGAAUUGACUAGAAUGAUAGCCGAACUGCAAAAGAGUCAACUGUCUAUGAUAGAAAAACAAGGGGAACUGGAAGCAAGUGUUUCGAUAAAAGACACAACACUAUCAAGCAAAUAUGAUGAGUGCUCAAAGUUGCAUGAAGUUUCAAUGCAGUUACAGGAUAAAAAUGAGCAGUUGGAAGACAGAUGCCAAAAAUUACAAAGACGGUUUACAUUAGUGUCGUCAGACAGAGAUGGACUUCGACGUGUACUGUCCAGUUACGAAAACGAAGAUGGCAGCCAAAGUAAGAUUCGUGUAAAAGAGGCUGAAGAAAGAAUAAAAGAAUACGAAAACCAAAUCGAAAAGUUAGAGUCUGAGCUUUUAGCAUCAAGAAAAGAAUGUAGCACGCAGAAAACAUCACUUCUGCAGUUGCAAUUGGAACACGAUAGGUUGAAAACAGAAGGUUCCCCUCCUUCUGUGAGUGUAAAAGAAGAUGUGGAGAUACGAACAAUCAAGACGCAACUGGAAGCACAAGUCGCGAAAUUAAAAGAAGAAAAAGAAAUAUUAGAAAUAAGAUUGGAAAAGAAAGAACUACAGGGCGAUUAUGAUCCGUUUAAAACGAAAGUGCUACAAGUGAAAAAAAAUCCCAUCCAACUCGCACGCGAGGCGUAUUUUCGCGAGUUAGAAAACGUCAAAUUGGAGAAUGAAAAAUUGCGUAAGAAAGUUGUAAAGCUUCAAACAGAACAGGAGAGUAACCAAAAAGACGCAGAUGAAUCUUUGAACGUUUCAAAGUUAAUAAAAAAUUCCAAGCCGGUAGAAGAAGCUCGGAAGCAGUUGGAAGCAGAAAAACUAAAAAUUAAGCGGUUAACUGAGCAAUUCACGAAAACAGCAAAAGAAUUUCGUGAGGCUGUCUUUUACAUAUUCGGGUUCAGCUUCAAAGCUGUUAGUGACGAGCGAUAUCGCGUGCAAAGUAUAUACGCCGAGCAGCCUGAUGAUUUCUUUUUAUUUACAUGCGCCAAAAAUAAAGAAGGUGUCUCCGAGACUGGGAUGAUCGAGACGGCAUAUGCACGUGAAUGGACGGAACUGCAAAAGGAUUAUUUACACAACGGUGACUCGAUCCCAGCAUUCCUGGCUAGUGUCACGUUAGAACUUUUCAGUAGAAUGACGCAAAUCAGAGAUAUGACAGUUGCCAAGAAAGCGAGACAACUGUAGUUCUUGCACGUGUAAACAUUUUUAUGUAUCUUGUUCGAAAAAAAUUAAGAAAAGUGGUUUUUACAAGCAAGUCAAAUAUUUCCCAGACUUUUCUUCUCCUCGGUAGGUGUUGAUAGAAAAUAACUUGCAACUUUGAAAUUACACAUUGCAUCAGUUGUAAAUUUGUAUUUAAAUUAAGCAAACAAAUCAACGGGCGGCGCCCGAAAGCUUUU